AUGUCUUCGAACAAUGAUAAACGAGCAAUUGAUGACAUUCAAGAGCUGCAUAACAUCGAGCUUUCACAUCAAUGGGAUCCAAAUCUGCCUCAAGAUACGCUCGACGAAAUCCACGAGGCAGUCAAGACUGGAGAUCACGAGAAAGCUGCCGAAAUUGACAAGUCCUUCGUACAAGACUCUCAGUAUGAGUCGGUCCGAGCGGCAGUUCGAAACACUGACGGUGGAGAACCCGCAAACACGGUGCGUGCAUGGAUCUUGGGAAUGUUCUUCACGACCAUUGGGAGUGGUUUGAACAUGUUCUUGAGUAUGAGGAGUCCUGCCAUCUCUUUCCCUGCUAUAGUUGUGCAAUUGCUUGUCUAUCCGAUGGGCUGUCUGUGGGCCAGGUAUAUGCCUACCCGGGUAUUCAAUACGUUCGGCGUGCGUUGGACUUUGAACACGGGCCCUUUCAACAUCAAGGAACAUACAGUGGUUACGCUUAUGGCAAAUGUCUCCAUUGGCUAUGCAUACUGCACAGAUGCACUACUCGCGCUCCAAGCGAAGCCAUUGUACAAUCGCCACAUGAGCUGGGGUUUCCAGCUUCUAUUCGCUCUGAGCAGCCAGGUCAUCGGAAUUUCACUCGCCGGAAUCUUUCGCCGAUUCUUGGUGUGGCCAGCUGCUAUGAUAUGGCCAGGUCAAUUUUCCAACACAGUCCUCUUCUAUGCUCUUCAUGAUAAGAGUAAAUCGGAUCCUGCACAGACAAAUGGCUGGACAAUUUCCCGGUACCGAUACUUUAUGUACGUCGUGGCCGGGGCAUUUGUCUGGUAUUGGAUACCUGGUGUUAUCUGGCAAGGACUGUCUGUUUUUGCAUUCAUUACCUGGAUCAAACCGAACAAUGUCGUUCUCAACCAACUCUUCGGAGGCUUUACUGGGCUGUCAUUGAUUCCCAUCACAUUUGAUUGGACCUACGUUUCUGCCUAUCUCCUUGAUCCUCUCCUCUCACCUGUGCACGCAAUCAUGAACACGUUCGUUGGCUUAGUCGUCUUUGUAUUGAUCACGACGAUUGGAAUUGCAUAUACUGGAGCCCUGUAUUCCGAAUAUCUCCCUAUCAACACAUCCUCAACCUUCGACAACACCCAGAACUCAUAUAACGUGAGCAAGAUUCUAGGUGCUGGUUUCACUUUCGACGAGGAAGCGUACAAAGCCUAUUCACCCAUGUUCCUCGCACCGACCUUUGCCUUGAAUUACGGACUUUCAUUUGCGGCUUUGACAGCUGCGAUUGUUCACGUUAUUCUUUUCCAUCGAAAGGAGAUUUGGCAUCGGUUCAAGGCUGCUCAAAACCAAGAACCGGAUAUCCACUUGACAUUGAUGAGAAAAUAUACGGAGGUACCCGAGUGGUGGUACGCCGUACUGUUUUUCGGCUCGGUUGCCCUGGGCUUGGGUGGUAUUCUUGGAUAUGAAUCUCAGCUUCCUUGGUGGGCGUUCUUCGUCUCUCUCAUUGUCGCAGCCGUGUUUAUUGUCCCUACUUGCAUGAUUCUCGGCAUAACCAACAUCCAACUUUCCCUCAAUGUUCUCUCGCCGUUCUUGGCUGGCUUCAUGAUCCCCGGGAAGCCAAUCGGAGUUAUGAUCUUCAAAGUCUUCAGUACCAUCACACUUGGACAAGCUCAAUCAUUCUGCGCAGAUCUCAAAAUUGCGCAUUACAUGAAGAUUCCACCCCGUGUCACUUUCAUGUGCCAGAUUGUUGCGACAAUUUGGGCUUGCUUCGUUCAAAUUGCGGUCAUGAACUGGACGUUGAAUAACAUCGAAGAUGUUUGCACCACUGAUCAACCUGCUCACUUUACUUGCCCCAACGGAAAGACAUUCUUUUCUUCCAGCAUCGUGUGGGGUGUAAUCGGACCAAACCGCAUGUUCGGACCCGACGCGAUCUAUAGACCGAUCCAGUAUUUCUGGUUGCUUGGAGCUCUCCUGCCCGUGGCAUUCUACGUCUUGAUGCGGCUUUUCCCACGUUCCAAGGCAAGACUGCUCAAUGCACCAGUUAUGCUUGGCGCAAUGGCAUGGUUACCUCCAGCCACGCCUUUGAGUUUCACAUCCUGGGUCAUGUUCGGGCUGAUUUUCAACUAUUGGAUUCAUCGUCGUUGGGGUGGCUGGUGGAGGAAUUAUAACUACAUUACAGCCGCAGGACUAGAUACGGGCCUGGUCCUGUCGACGAUUGUCAUCUUCUUUGCCAUCACGUUCCCCGGAGUUUCUGCCCCAAAUUGGUGGGGAAAUACUGCUCCUUUUGAAACCAUGGACUACCUCUACACUGCUGUUCGAAAGACAGUUGCUGAAGGGGAGAUUUUCGGGCCGUCCAGUUGGUAA